AUGCUCUCUCAAUUAUCCAAACCAGCAGCUCGCUAUCAUAAACUUGCAUCAGCUGUCUUCACAGCUGCCUCCUCUUCUUCCACUUCCAUCAAAAAAAGAGCUCUCCAUAUUGUGGCCUCUGACCCUCACUCAGUCACAAUCUCUGGACUUCCUGCAUCGGGUGCUCCUGGUGAUACACAUUCCUCUAUUCCUUUUUCUACAACUUUCCCUGCACUUUUCCUUCGUGAUGCAUGUCCAACCGCUGGUCUUCGAGGAGCACUGGAUCCUUCAAGUUCACAGAAAACUUUUUCCACAGGUGCACUAUCUGAAGCUGCAACUACAAUCUCCUCAGUAACCGUAGUCGACGGAACUACUACUACUACAACAACUUCUUCCUCUUCUUCAAAAUCUAAAAUCUCUUCCUUAGAUAACCUUCUUCCACUUCAUGAACAAGCUACAAGAUACCAUGACCCUCAUAAACAUGACGCUUUACUAGUAUCGUGGGCUGACGGUCACACAUCACUUUUCCCAAGCACAUUUCUGGCCCGGUAUCGUGGCCGUGAUGCUGCACGCAAUUUCCGUGCUACUAAUCGGCCAUAUGUUUCCUGGGAUACAUUAAGCUCACGCCCAGAAGGAGUUUCAGUAGCUGAUAUCCCUCGUGUUGACUAUUUUGAUUACAUGUAUCAUGAUCAUGAUGUGUACCGAGCAGUCAAGGGAUUACAUGAGGUUGGGUUAGUUUUUGUGGAAAAUAUUCCAGAUCAGGAGGAUGUUAUUAAUGGUACUAAUCCAGGGAGCCCGCCCUUUGAUAUUGCAGAUGGAUGCAAGGUACUUGUGGAAGAAAUUGGGAAACGUAUUGGUGGGUAUAUUAAGGAAACAUUUUAUGGCAAAUCAUGGAACGUUGUUUCAGUUCCUGAGGCUACUAAUGUAGCUUAUACUUCAGUAUAUUUGCCAUUGCAUAUGGAUUUACUUUAUUACGAGUCACCUCCUGGUGUUCAAUUACUUCAUAUUGUACGCAACUCAACUGUUGGUGGAGAAUCUCUUUUCGCUGAUUCCUUUGCUGCCGCUCAUCAUGUUUAUCUUACCGACAAAGAUGCAUAUAAUGCUUUAAAAACAGUUCCUCUUACUUUCCAUUAUGAUAAUGCAGGUGAACAUUACUACAAACAACGUCCUAUGGUUGUAGAAGAUCCUUCUGGUGCUACUAUUGACUCACCCUCUGGACCUCUCCCUGCAUUGACUACUGUCAAUUACUCACCUCCCUUCCAAGGCCCACUCGAUUCCCUUGUCUCUGGUUCAUUUACUUCAGAUCAAGCUGAUGCUUUGCGCCGUGGUAUUGCAUUGUUUGAAGAAUACAUUAAUGAUCCUACCCAUCGUAUUGAAGUCAAGAUGCGCGAAAAUACUUGUAUGUUGUUCCUUAACCGUCGCAUUCUACAUGCCCGUAAUCAGUUUGACCAAAUGUCGGGCACCCGCUGGUUCCGCGGGACUUAUUUGGAUCUGGAUGCAUACCAGUCCAAAUUGCGUACCUUGUCUCGUCGCUACGAAAGUAAAUAA